AUGUUUAUUGAAUAAUAUCAAGAAACUAUCAAUCAAUAGUUAAAGCUAUGUAAAGUUGUACCAAUUACAUUAAAUCCAAAAAAUGUAUUGAGAUCUCUACUUGCAGCUGAAGACAAACUAGAUGAUGAACAUCUCUAUCAAAAUUAUUGUAAAAAAUAAGAAUUAAUUAUCAACAAUAUGAAUGAAGAAAAUGCUUAUGUAAUUAUGAAUAUAUGUUCAUUAAUUAAAUUGUCCUUAGAUAAAAGAAAAGAUGCUAGUAAAGAGGAACUUUAGGAAAUUAUUUUAGAUCAAAUAAAAACAGAUUCUAUAAAUUGGCCAUAAUUUAAAUAAAUUAGAUGGCCUGAAUAUUUAGAAUAUUUUAGUAAUCUAAGUAAAAGUCUUAUAAAUCAUUCAUUUAAACUAAUUGAAAGUAUUGUCUUAGAUCUAACAACUAAACCUUUUGAAUGUUCAGAAUUUCAUUAAUAUAUGACUGAUUAAUUAGAAUAAACUAUGUCUGUUUUAGCUGUUGAAAUGAGUGAUUUUGUAAGAGUACCUAAUAGUAAUUCCUUAUAUUUAGAAUUAAAGAAGUAUUUUAAUUCAAUAAUACAAAACAUUCAUUUAUAUAUAAAUAGAACAUCCUUAUUUUGUAAUACUUAAAUGGAAUUCUUAAAUGAAACACUUACUAAAUAUCACACUUUAGCUAAUGUUAGAACAUAUUAAGUAUUGUAAACUGAAACAUCAUAAUACAUCAUAUCCUAAUGUCAUGUUUCACUUAAAGAAAUGUUUUUUUAUAGAAUUGAAUUCUUAAUUUUUGAAAAAGAUUUAGUUAAAUCUAUUAUUAGACAUUUCUAUGAGUAUAGUAAAUUAAAUUUAGGUGUAUAUUAAAUGUCUACAUUAACUUAGACAUUUUAAGAUGCAAUCCAUAUGCAUUAACUAUUGGAUGAGAAUUAAAGUGUCUAAGUUAAUUUAGAUUCAAAAUUAUUUGAUUAAGAUGGUGAUUGUUUAAAAUACAAAACUUGGUUAUAUUAAAAAAAAUCAAUAUAAUCUUAAUAAAUGUUGACAGGUUCAUCAGUUGUUGGAGGAUCUAUUGGAGCUGGUUUAGGUUGUCUAAUUGUAGAUAGUGUUGAUCCUAAAAUUCCAUGGGAAGAAAAAUUAAAAAGAGCUGGAUUCAGUUCAGUUGCAACUGGUUUAGUAGGAGCAGCUAUGCGUAUACCUGUAAUUGGAACAAUAUUGUCUUAAGCAUUAUUAUUUUAUGCUAUUAAAUUAACAGCAAAUAAUAAAGUGAUUGAUAAAAAUGAAAAAAUGAAGAAUUUAGCACAUAUUGGGGUUUAAAGUUCUGUUGGUAUAGGUUCAGCUGUAGCUGGAUAAAUAUUAAUUCCAAUACCAGUAUUAGGAGCAAUAAUAGGUGGAACUGUUGGAGGUGUUGCCAUGAGUUUGUAUAGUAAGUUUUUUGUUCCUAAAACUAAACAUUCAAUUAAACUUAUGAUUAAUGAUUUAAUAAAUAGACAACUUGAUGAUGGAUUAUUUGUUUAUGAUGAAUAAGUAAUCAAAAUCAUGAGAAUUAAUCAAUAACAUUAUUUUGGUUGUAAACCUGAGAAAUAUACUGAUUCAUAAUGGUUAACUAUUUUAAUGGUUUAUUUAGUUAAUGAAGUUCAUUAUUUAUCAAAUAUAUAAGGAUUGGAGAAAAUAAGAGAACUUUAAGAGUAAAUGACAAAAAAACCAAGUGAUGAAAUUAAAUGUGUUAAACAAAUUAGAGAAAUUGAUGAUGAUUUAGAACAACAAGAAAUAAUAAGUGUUAAAUUAGAAAAAUCUAGAAAUUAUAUAUAAUAAUAAGAAAUUAAUACAUUAUAAAUUGCUCCUUAAAUUGGAGAGUUUAUAAAUGGAAUGAUAGCUAAUUUUAAAUUAUGA